UUUUAAUAUAUUUUUUUUUUUACCAAAAUCAUUCUUAAAUGCAUCCACUCCACCACGUCUCUCUUUUUUUCUCUCUCUCCAUGUUUCUUGCCAACAAAACCAAUAAACAAACUCUUUCUAUUCUAUAUUAGAAUUGUUUUACCUAAAAUACACGAAGAAUCUUGCAAUCUCCAGCUAAAUUUUUUAAACAAAAUGGAAGAGAAUCAAAGCAAACCCAAUCAGCGAAAGAUGUGCUGCGAACGGAUUUGCAUGAGUUCAUAUUCAUAUAUAUACAUCAUCUCAGAUAAAUAGUCAUUCAUCACUGUAGUUAGACCUUCACCAACACAUGGCAUGAACUUGCAUGUUUAUCUGAUCUCAUUUUAAUAACUGUUGCUGUACAUCUGUAGCUACUAAUGAUCUCCCGCAAUGUCUAUUUGCUGGUUAUCACGAGCAAGCAGGUAACAAGGUUAGCUCGUACUUCAAGCUUGACUCCAUUGGUACUCAUUCCCUCAUAUGCCACAUCCAAUAUUACAUUCUCAGUUUGGUCCAACCUUCUUUCUUUGAGUCAUCAAAUACUGAAACUGCAUCCCUAGCGAAGGAGAAUGGGGGGGGGGGAUCCCAUCAACAGUCACCUCAGCCCUCGGGAAUUCAGUAUCACGAGGGGAGCAUCCACCAACAUGGUCAACAACAAUACUUGCACCAGCGGAGCUCAAAAGAGAGAAAGAGAGCAAUGAUGUGUAGCUUAAAGGUUGUAACUCCACCGGUGCCAGCGCCGGCGAUGAGAUUCGGGCGGCAGCGGCGGAUAACAGCAAACGGAGAUGGGUUUCCGGCAUUUCUUCCGAAGGAGGUAAAGAACAUAAAAGAUCCAUUCGCAAGAGCUCUAGCUCAAAGGAUUGUACGAAUUCCUGUUCCUCUUCAGAUUGGAAACUAUAGAGGCUGCGUUAUGAGUAGCUGUAUCAAACCAAUUGUUCAAUUACACGACAAAAGUCCUGUCGUUCUUCUCCACUGUUUCGACAGUUCGUGUUUAGAAUGGAGACGCACUUACCCUCUGCUUGAACAAGCUUGUCUUGAGACUUGGGCUAUUGAUGUUCUUGGUUGGGGCUUCUCUGAUCUUCAACUCACUACAUCAAUGAUUUUUGUAGAGAAACUUCCACCGUGUGAUGCAGCAUCUAAGCGACAUCAUUUAUUCGAGCUUUGGAAAACAUAUAUCAAACGACCAAUGAUAUUAGUUGGACCAAGUUUAGGAGCAACCGUAGCUGUUGAUUUCACCGCUACUUACCCGGAAGCUGUUGAUAAAUUGGUUCUCAUUAACGCUAAUGCGUAUUCAGAAGGAACCGGUGCGCUUAAAGAGUUACCAAAAUCGAUUGCUUACGCUGGGGUUAAGUUGUUGAAGUCAUUCCCUCUUCGACUUUUGGCCAACGUGUUAGCAUUUUCGUCGCCAUUGUCCGAGAACAUAGAUUGGACUAAUAUUGGUCGGUUACAUUGUCAAAUGCCGUGGUGGGAAGAUGCUAUGGUCAACUUUAUGAUUAGUGGAGGCUAUAACGUUGCUUCAGAUAUCAAACUCAUCAACCAAAAGACGCUUGUCGUAUGCAGUGAGAACGAUCAGAUUGUUAGCAAUCAGCUCUCAGUUAAAUUGUUGUGUGAGCUACAAAAUGCGGUUUUCCGGGAGGUACCAGAUUCAGGUCAUCUUCCACAUGUUGAGAACCCUAAACACUUUGUGAAGCUGAUAUCGGAUUUCGCAAGUGGAAAGAUCAAUUGAUUCUACUUAAUGUUAACUCUGCUUCAAGAUUCAGAGGAAAGAGUUGUGACUCUGCUUCAAGCUCCAUCGAGUGGCUGGCUACCGAGGAAAAGAGUUGUAAUGUUGUUAUAUAUUAUGAAAUAAUUACAAAUAGAUUAGUUCUAGCUUGGACUUGGGAAAUGGCUAUAUAUGUGUAUUUGUUUCAUUAAUAGAAGAAGUAUGUUAUCAUCAUAUAUCCGAGAGCUAAUUAAGAGAACAUUAAUUUUUCAAGACUGUAGGAGGUGAUUUCUAAAGUGUUU